GAAGAAUUCAGUUUUAAUCAAAGUGGCGUUAGCCUAAGCUAACUGAGUAUACAUUAUUCAGUAAUGACAUGUUGAAGUUGGGCCAACAAAUUGGUAGCAAAAACCAAAUCAAAUGCUUGCAAUUGCUAGUGAAGCUGCACACAAGGAUUGUAGAACUGCCUAUGGGCAAGGUGAAGGGCAGACAACAGCGUAGCAUCAACAAAAAUGAUUACUAUAGUUUUGAGGGAAUUCCGUACGGCAAACCGCCUCUAGGUGAGUUGCGAUUUCAGGCACCGCAGUUAGCGGAGCCCUGGGUGGGCAAGGAAUUGAAUUGUCAGCAGGAACGCUGCAGACCAGUUCAGAUGGAGGGAUCCUCGGACAGUGUGUUGGGCAACGAGGAUUGUUUGCAUCUGAAUGUAUAUACCAAGAAAUUUGACUCCGAGAAGCCAUUGCCUGUAAUUGUUUAUAUUUACGGCGGGGCCUUUCGCACAGGUGGCGCCACAAAGUUCAAGUAUGGACCAGACUUUCUGAUGCGUGAGGACAUUGUCUAUGUGCUCUUCAACUAUCGUCUGUGUGCACUGGGCUUUCUACGACUACCCAGUGCCGAAACGUGCGUGCCUGGCAACGCGGGUCUGCUGGACCAGCUAAUGGCUUUGCGCUGGAUAAAAAACAACAUAUGCUACUUCAACGGUGACCCGGAUAACAUAACAUUAAUGGGCACUAGCGCAGGUGCAGCUUCUGUGCACUUUAUGAUGUGCCUGCCACAAGCAAAGGAUCUGUUUCAUAAGGCCAUCAUGAUGUCGGGUACUAUACUGAGCCCCUGGGCGCAGGCUAGCGAGCUGGGCGAUUUAUUUUGUCGCUUAGCCCACUCGACGGGUUACAAAGGUGACUUAACAGAAACGGCCAUUUUAAAGUAUUUGCGGGAGCUGCCUGCUGACCAGUUGGUGCAGCAUGAUCUGUACGGACCGUACGAACGUUGCUUCGGGCAUUUGCAUCCCUUUGUGCCGGGCGUGGAAUCCACAGGCGGAGGCCUAGUGCAGCAUUCCUACCUGCAGCUAAUGCGGCAGGCCUGGUCAACGCAAAUUCCGCUACUGCUGGGCGGCACCUCGUUUGAAGGUCUCGUUAUGUAUCCGCACUGUAAGCUGUGCAACGGCUAUAUGUUGGACCUGAUUAAGCAGCAGCCGGCGCUGGUGUUGCCAUAUGAGCUCUAUCAGUCGCUGAGUCAGAGGGACCGGAAUGAGCGCGCCAAAGAAUUAAUACACUUCCAUUAUGGACCGCGUAACAUCGAUAAGAACAAUGUAACACAGUUAUUGGAUCUCUUCAGCUAUAAGCUCUUUUGGCAUGGUCUGCAUCGAGUGGUUUGUUCACGGCUGGUUCAUGCAGAGGCAGCCACUUACCUAUAUCGCUUCGACUUUGACUCCCCCAGUCACAAUUUAAUGCGGGAAAAGCUAUGUGGAGACGACAUUAAGCGAGGUGUCUGCCAUGCUGAUGACCUCGGCUACAUUUUUCCUAGACAAAACCAAUUGAUUACGGAUUCGGACGAGCACUUAACGAUGCAUCGCAUGAUAGGCAUUUUGACGACAUUCGCACGCACCGGGGACCCGAAUUGUGAUGAAACGCAUCCGGAAGUUUGGAUACCGCUGGAUCAAAAGGAACCUUUCAAGGUCAUGAAUAUUGGCCAUGAUGUGGAGUUUCAGACACAGAUGGAAAGGGAUGGGCUCAAAAUAUGGAAUAAAAUUUACGAUAAUGAUAGCAACUUACUCUUUGGUGGCUGAAUCCAGAAUAUAUACAUAUGUAGCAUAUUUAUGAAUAAAAAUAUUUUUUUGGA